CCAGGUCAAUCAGGUCAAAGGGGACCUGAUGGAACACCAGGUCAACCUGGACAACCAGGUUCAGUUGGUGAUACUGGAGCUCAGGGAGCUAAAGGUUCUCCAGGCACUCCAGGACCUCAAGGACCCAAGGGUGAUUUGGGACAGCAAGGCCAGCCUGGUGCUGCUGGAUUCCCAGGUAAUCCAGGAUCUCAAGGUCCUGUAGGCCAACCUGGUAAUCAA